CACAUUCGACAUUCAAGAUACCGCUUAAUCUCAUGACCACAGACCUUCCUAUGUGCAACCUCAAGCGAGGUUCAUCAAAGGCUACACUCCUACAGGAAUGUGCCGUUAUAUUUUGGGACGAGGCAACCAUGGCUAACAAACUAGCUUUUGAGGCUUUAGAUCGCACAUUACAAGACCUAAGGCAGUCCUCAAGACCAUUUGGCGGUAUCUUAGUUGUCCUGUCUGGGGACUUUCGUCAGACAUUACCAGUCAUUCGAGGAGGUACACGUGCCAAUGAAAUUGAUGCCUGCAUCAAGUCAUCACAUUUAUGGCAACACGUAGAAACACAUUCUUUGACAACUAACAUGAGAGCUUAUCUCUACGGUGACGCCAACGCUGCUGAGUUUGCAAGUCUCUUGCUGCGAGUUGGGAACGGUCAUAUACCGGUAGUUGAAGGACGUCAUACCAUCUUCAUUCCAGAAGAUCUUGGCACAGUUACCGACUCUCCUCAGACCUUGAUAGAGCGAGUGUACCCAAACUUGCAACAUCACUACCAAGACUUCGAAUGGCUAAUGCAACGAGCUAUUCUCGCACCACACAAUGUCUCCAUUCGUGAUAUUAACUGGGAGAUGCUUCAGCUGUUUCCUGGAGAGAUAAAGAUCUAUAAAUCAAUUGAUACGGUCAGAGAUGAUGAUGCAGUACACUAUCCCUCGGAGUUUCUUAACUCCCUGGAACCUGCUGGUAUGCCUCCUCAUAAACUGGCUCUAAAGGUGGGAAUUCCUCUAAUGGUUGUUCGAAAUCUGGCUCCUGGGAUUGCAAACGGCACACGUCUUAUACUAAAGAGAAUGAUGAACAACUGUCUGGAAGCAACUAUUGCUACUGGACCGCAUAAAGCCCAGGACGUGUAUCUGCCAAAGAUACCACUAAUUCCCAGUGAUACUGGACUACCAUUUGAAUUCAAACGACUUCAGUUUCCAGUUAAGGUCUGCUUUGCUAUGACUAUUAACAAGGCACAAGGGCAGACCUUAGCUGUGGCAGGGCUAGAUCUACACGAGCCAUCCUUUAGCCAUGGACAGCUUUAUGUUGGCAUUUCUAGAGUUGCCUCCAAACAUGGACUAACUUUCUUGGCAAAAGAAGGAAAAACCAAAAACGUAGUGUACCAGGAAGUGCUGUCGACAAGAUGAUCAUCUUUAUAUUCACUGCAGGCAU